CAGGAAGCUGAAGCAGGCAUGGAGGGAGCUUACAGAGAGAGUGUGGAGCCGGAGAAGAUCUUCAGCAAAGACUGACAUCCUGAGGGGGAGAUCGGCCUUGGGACCUGGCCCUCUGAGGACCCUCCUGGGGCUGGACUGGCCAGUUGGGUGGGAGCCUUUCCAAAAUGGCGACCGCGCCUAGGAACUGGGCUCCUCUGCUCUCCCACCUGUUGCUGGCAGUGAUGUGCUCCUCCACCCUCCUCCCUCGGCAGCCCCCGCCCCAGAAGCGGCCCCUGGUCACUUUCAGCGGGGAGCCGGCCGAGGCCUUCAACCACCUGGUGGUGGACGAGAGGACAGGGCACAUCUACCUGGGGGCCGUCAACCGGAUCUACAAACUGUCCAGCGACCUGAAGGUCCUGGUGACCCACCAGACGGGGCCGGAUGAGGACAAUCCCAAGUGCUACCCACCCCGGAUCGUCCAGACCUGCAACGAACCGCUCGCCCCCACCAACAACGUCAACAAGAUGCUGCUCAUCGACUACAAGGAGAACCGGCUGAUCGCCUGCGGGAGCCUCUACCAGGGCAUCUGCAAGCUCCUGAGGCUGGAGGAUCUGUUCAAGCUGGGCGAGCCCUUCCACAAGAAGGAGCACUACCUGAGCGGGGUCAACGAGAGCGGCUCGGUCUUCGGGGUGAUCGUCUCCUACGGCAACCUGGACGACAAGCUGUUCAUCGCCACGGCCGUGGACGGGAAGCCCGAAUACUUCCCCACCAUCUCCAGCCGCAAGCUGACCAAGAACUCGGAGGCGGAUGGCAUGUUCGCCUACGUCUUCCACGACGAGUUCGUGGCCUCCAUGAUCAAGAUCCCAUCGGACACCUUCACCGUCAUCCCCGACUUCGACAUCUACUACGUCUACGGCUUCGGCAGCGGCAACUUCGUCUACUUCCUGACCCUGCAGCCGGAGAUGGUGUCCCCGCCGGGGUCCACCACCAAGGAGCAGGUGUACACCUCCAAGCUGGUGCGCCUCUGCAAGGAGGACACGGCCUUCAACUCCUACGUGGAGGUGCCCGUGGGCUGCGAGCGCGACGGGGUGGAAUAUCGCCUGCUGCAGGCCGCCUACCUCUCCAAGGCCGGGGCCGUCCUGGCCCGGACGCUGGGGAUCCGGCCGGAUGAUGCCGUCCUCUUCACCGUCUUCUCCAAGGGCCAGAAGCGCAAGAUGAAGUCGCUGGAUGCGUCGGCCCUGUGCAUCUUUGUCCUCAAGAGGAUCAAUGACCGCAUCAAGGAGAGGUUGCAGUCUUGCUACAGGGGGGAAGGGACACUGGAUCUAGCCUGGCUCAAGGUGAAGGACAUCCCCUGUAGCAGUGCGCUCCUGACCAUUGACGACAACUUCUGUGGCCUGGAUAUGAAUGCCCCCUUGGGCGUUUCGGAGAUGGUGUGGGGCCUGCCCAUCUUCACGGAGGAUGGAGACCGCAUGACCUCGGUCAUCGCCUAUGUCUACAAGAACCACUCGCUGGCCUUCGUGGGUACCAAGAGUGGGAAGCUGAAGAAGAUUCGUGUGGAUGGCCCCAAAGGGAGCGCCCUGCAGUAUGAGACGGUGCAGGUGGUGGACCCCGGUCCCAUCCUCCGAGACAUGGCCUUCUCCAAGGACCACGAGCAGCUCUACAUCAUGUCUGAGCGGCAGCUCACCAGGGUCCCCGUGGAGUCCUGCAGCCAGUACCGGAGCUGCAGCGAGUGCCUCGGCUCAGGGGAUCCCCACUGCGGCUGGUGUGUGCUUCACAACACGUGCACCCGGAAGGAGCGCUGUGAGCGGUCGCGGGAGCCUCGCCGCUUCGCCUCCGAGAUGAAGCAGUGCGUCCGCCUGACGGUGCAUCCCAACAAUAUCUCCGUCUCCCAAUACAGCGUGCUGCUCGUCCUGGAAACCUAUAACGUCCCAGAGCUGUCAGCCGGUGUCAACUGCACCUUCGAGGACCUGUCAGAGAUGGACGGACUGGUGGUGGGCAACCAGAUCCAAUGCUACUCCCCCACGGCCAAGGAGGUGCCCCAGAUCGUCACCGAGAAUGGGGACCACCAUAUUGUCCAGCUGCAGCUUAAGUCGAAAGAGACCGGCGUGACCUUUGCCAGCACCAGCUUCGUCUUCUACAACUGCAGCGUGCACAACUCGUGCCUGUCCUGUGUGGAGAGCCCCUACAGAUGCCUCUGGUGCAAGUACCGGCACGUCUGCACCCACGACCCCCAGACCUGCUCCUUCCAGGAGGGACGUGUGAAGCUGCCAGAGGACUGCCCCCAGCUGCUGCGAGCAGACAAGAUCCUGGUGCCCGUGGAGGUGGUCAAGCCCAUCACGCUCAAGGCCAAGAACCUGCCUCAGCCGCAGUCUGGACAGCGGGGCUAUGAGUGCGUCCUCAGCAUCCAGGGCAGCGAGCAGAGGGUGCCUGCCCUGCGCUUCAACAGCUCCAGUGUUCAGUGCCAGAACACCUCGUACUCUUACGAGGGCAUGGACAUCAGCAGCCUGCCGGUGGAGCUGACCGUCGUGUGGAACGGAGACUUCAGUAUUGACAACCCGGCCCAAAACAAAGUUCACCUGUACAAGUGUGGCGCCAUGCGGGAGAGCUGUGGCUUGUGCCUCAAGGCGGACCCGGACUUCGAGUGCGGCUGGUGCCAGGGCCAGAGCCAGGGCCAGUGUACCCUGCGGCACCACUGCCCCGCCCAGGAGCACCAGUGGCUGGAGCUGUCGGGCCCCAGCGCCAAGUGUACCAACCCCCGCAUCACUGAGAUCAUCCCAGUGACCGGCCCACGGGAAGGAGGCACUAAAGUGACCAUCCGCGGGGAGAACUUGGGCCUGGAGUUCCGGGACAUCGCCGCCCAUGUCAAGGUGGCGGGGGUGGACUGCAGGCCUCUGGUGGAUGGCUACGUUCCCGCGGAGCAGAUCGUGUGUGAAAUGGGGGAGGCCAAACCCAGCCAACAUGCCGGCUUCGUGGAGAUCUGUGUGGCAGAAUGCAAGCCUCAAUUCAUGGCCCGCUCCUCGCAGCUCUACUACUUCAUGACGCUGACCCUCUCCGACCUGAAACCGAGCCGAGGGCCGAUGUCCGGUGGCACCCAGGUGACCAUCACCGGCUCCAACUUGAACGCGGGCAGCAGCGUGGUGGUCAUGUUCGGGAACCAGCCCUGCCUCUUCCACAGGCGGUCCACCUCGCACAUCGUCUGCAACACCACGGCCUCGGACCCCAGCCUGGACAAGGUCAAGGUGUCGGUGAAGGUGGACCGGGCCCGGAUCCCCCAAGAGCUGCAAUUUGAGUACGUGGAGGACCCCACCAUCCUGAGGAUCGAGCCCGAGUGGAGCAUCGUCAGUGGCAACACCCCUAUUGUCGUGUGGGGGACCCACCUGGACCUCAUCCAGAACCCCCAGAUCCGAGCCAAGCAUGGCGGGAAGGAGCACGUCAAUGUCUGCGAGGUCCAGAAUGCCACCGAGAUGACCUGCCAGGCUCCGGCCCUCGCCGUGGGACCGGACCACCAGGCGGACCUGGCCGAGCGGCCCGAGGAGUUUGGCUUCAUCCUGGACAACGUCCAGUCCCUGCUGAUCCUCAACAAGACCAACUUCACCUACUACCCCAACCCUGUGUUCGAGGCCUUCGGCCCCACAGGCGUCCUGGAACUCAAACCGGGCACUCCCAUCAUCCUGAAGGGCAAGAACCUGAUCCCGCCUGUGGCCAGUGGGAAUGUGAAGCUGAACUACACAGUGCUCGUUGGGGAGAAGCCCUGCACCGUGACUGUGUCUGACGUGCAGUUGCUCUGCGAAUCUCCCAACCUCAUCGGACGACACAAAGUCAUGGCUCGCGUCGGGGGUCUGGAGUUUUCCCCGGGGACGGUGUACAUCUCCCCGGACAGCCCGCUCAGCCUGCCUGCCAUCGUCAGCAUCGCCGCCGCCGGCGGGCUGCUCCUCGUCUUCAUCGUGGCCGUGCUCAUCGCCUACAAGCGCAAGUCACGCGAGAGCGACCUCACCCUCAAGCGGUUGCAGAUGCAGAUGGACAACCUGGAGUCCCGCGUGGCGCUCGAGUGCAAGGAAGCUUUUGCCGAGCUGCAGACGGACAUCCACGAGCUGACCAGUGACCUGGACGGAGCGGGGAUUCCCUUCUUGGACUACCGGACUUACACCAUGCGAGUGCUGUUCCCUGGGAUCGAGGCCCACCCCGUCCUGCGGGACCUGGAGGUGCCCGGGUACCGGCAGGAGCGAGUGGAGAAGGGGCUGAAGCUGUUCGCCCAGCUCAUCAACAACAAAGUGUUUCUGCUGUCCUUCGUCCGCACCCUGGAGUCCCAGCGCAGCUUCUCCAUGCGGGAUCGUGGGAACGUGGCCUCGCUCAUCAUGACCGGCCUGCAGGGCAAGCUCGAGUACGCCACUGACGUGCUCAAGCAGCUGCUCGCCGAUCUCAUCGACAAGAAUCUAGAGAGCAAGAACCACCCCAAGCUGCUGCUGCGCAGGACAGAAUCGGUGGCUGAGAAGAUGCUGACCAACUGGUUCACGUUCCUACUCUAUAAGUUCCUCAAGGAGUGUGCGGGGGAGCCCCUCUUCUCCUUAUUCUGUGCCAUCAAGCAGCAGAUGGAAAAGGGCCCCAUCGACGCCAUCACGGGCGAGGCCCGCUACUCUCUGAGCGAAGACAAGCUCAUCCGCCAGCAGAUCGACUACAAGACCCUGGUGCUGAGCUGCGUCAACCCUGACAAUGUCAACAGCCCCGAGAUACCGGUCAAGAUCCUCAACUGUGACACCAUCACCCAGGUCAAGGAGAAGAUCCUAGACGCCAUCUUCAAGAACGUGCCCUGCUCUCACCGGCCGAAAGCCGCAGACAUGGACCUGGAGUGGCGGCAAGGGAGCGGAGCCAGGAUGAUCCUCCAAGACGAAGACAUCACCACCAAGAUCGAAAACGACUGGAAGAGGCUGAACACUCUGGCUCACUACCAGGUGCCGGAUGGCUCCGUGGUGGCUCUGGUCUCCAAGCAAGUCACGGCCUACAACGCCGUCAACAACUCCACCGUCUCCAGGACCUCAGCGAGCAAAUAUGAAAACAUGAUCCGGUACACGGGGAGCCCAGACAGCUUGCGCUCCCGCACGCCCAUGAUCACGCCCGACCUGGAGAGCGGGGUCAAGGUGUGGCACCUGGUGAAGAACCACGAGCACGGGGACCAGAAGGAGGGGGACCGGGGCAGCAAGAUGGUGUCUGAGAUCUACCUGACCCGGCUGCUGGCCACCAAGGGCACCCUGCAGAAGUUUGUGGAUGACCUCUUCGAGACCAUCUUCAGCACCGCCCAUCGAGGCUCUGCCCUGCCCCUCGCCAUCAAGUACAUGUUUGACUUCCUGGACGAGCAGGCGGACAAGCACGGCAUCCAUGACCCCCACGUCCGGCACACCUGGAAGAGCAAUUGCUUGCCGCUGCGAUUCUGGGUCAACGUGAUCAAGAACCCCCAGUUUGUGUUUGACAUCCACAAGAACAGCAUCACGGACGCCUGCCUGUCGGUGGUGGCCCAGACCUUCAUGGACUCCUGCUCCACCUCGGAGCACCGGCUGGGCAAGGAUUCCCCCUCCAAUAAGCUGCUCUAUGCCAAGGACAUCCCCAGCUACAAGAGUUGGGUGGAGAGGUAUUACUCGGACAUCGGGAAGAUGCCGGCCAUCAGUGACCAGGACAUGAACGCUUACCUAGCUGAGCAGUCCCGCAUGCAUAUGAAUGAGUUCAACACGAUGAGCGCGCUCUCCGAGAUCUUCUCCUACGUGGGCAAGUACAGCGAAGAGAUCCUCGGAGCCCUGGACCACGACGACCAGUGCGGGAAGCAGAAACUGGCCUACAAACUAGAACAAGUCAUAACCCUCAUGAGCAUAGACAGCUGAGAACUGACCUUCCAGGGCCGCCCUGGAGAGGAGACACACCAAGCCGUGCCUCAGUCUAGAUCAUCAUCUUUACCAAGUGCAAGUUCCCACUGGCUCGCGGCGGCGACAGCGUCGUCGUCGCAGACGCACCCUGUCGCUCUCGCCAUCUUCCGCCCGCCCGCCUCCUCCUCCCAUCCCUUUUCGCGGGCUCCCGACAGCGACGGGGCAAGCCCAACCGGGCCCUGGGGAGAUGGCGGCGGGGCCCCUUGGGUGCACUGGGAGAGGAGGGCACUUGCUGCCCAGCUGCUGCCGCCUUCCCCCUCCCCCCGUCUCUUGGCAAACCCCGGCCCCAGAUCCGGGUGAGGAUCUCUGAUUGGGGGGGUUUCCCCUCCAGGCCCCACCCAUUGCCCUCCACUUCCCCACCUGCCGGGGGAGGGAAGCUCAGUAUUGACGGUGAGCGGUGCGGCGGCCCCUCCCUGCCACCCCUCGCUGCCCCGUGCCACACGGCUGGGACUCGGACGCCACACGGUUCCGGGAACGGAGGCCGGGGCGAGCGGAGGGGAGGCCAGACCGCCCAGCCCCCACUGGCCCGGCCCUCUUUGCCCUUGGCCUCGGCCCCUGCUGAGUGGGGACCGGCCGAAGACCGGACGGGAGAGCGCCGUAUUUCACUUCGCCGGGAGCUGGCCCCUCUCCGCUCCGCUCCUCCUCCCUUCCCACGCAGGGUGCGGGCCGCCUUUCUCCCUGAUCCUCGACAGCAGUGUCUCAUUUCCACUCCUUGCUCUUCUGCAGCCACCAGCCCAGGAGGAGUUCCUUCCCGGGCCGCAUAGCGGACAUCGUCCGGCUGCCCCGCAGGCUGCCUCGCUCCCCCGCCAGUGGGGCGUGGUGGAAGAACACGCUGUGGCUGGGAGAUUUCUACCUCCGGCUGUCCUGGCCCCCCUCCUGGCUACUCAGAAGAAAGAAGGGGUCGGCGACUUUCAUCACCUUGACCAGUGGCCCCGCCACUGGGCUCCUCCGCCAACAGCUGAGCGGCCUCCUCCGGGGCCCUUCUGGUCUCCGCUCCCCCUCAACAACCCCCCUUCGGAUGCCACAGGAAACUCUUCCGGAGCUUGGAGCCGGGGGCAAACCCCCACAAACUCCAGCCGGCUGCAGGGACUGAGACACAGCUCAGAGCCAGGCCAGAGCACACGCCCGGAAGAGAAAGGAGUGGAGUCCGCCCGACCGUGCCGUCCGUCCAGAAUGUGUCCUCCGAGAACAAGAUCCGGGUUCCCCUCCCGACCCCCGUGGACCGGAGCGGCCCUCUGGGGGCUUCGGCACCCAGAGCCCCAGAACCGGCACACUCUCUCCAAGAAGAAACUUGGGGCGGCGGGCAAGCCCGCCAAGUCGUCCAGCUCCGGGCCGUCAGACCCCGUUCACCCGGGCCUCCGCCUCCCAAUCUCCCCCAUGGUGCUUGGAAGAGGGAUGGCGUUUCCGACGGGUCCUGGCAGAGUCGAGGGAGGCAGCUGGGAUCUCACGGAGCAGACGUUCCUUUGGCGUGUGGGUGUGUACGUGUGGGUGUGUGUGUGUGUGUGUGCCUGUGUGUCUGUGUGUAUGCAGCAAGGGAAGCUAAGGUUUCUUCAUGUUUUGUGUUUUUGUUUGUGGAUUCUUCCCAGCAGAUCAACUCAUCCUGCACCUUAUGGACGUUCUAAAACCCCUUACCCGGGGCUGGGGGCUGGGGAGCAGGCAGGGAAGGAAGUCGCCUUCCCCUAAGGUGACCGGGAAAGUCACCGACAAAGCAUCCCGGAGGGACAGGAGCCAGAGCCAUUGACUCUCCGUUCCCCCUCCGACGACCAGCGGCAGGCGAGGGGGAAGAGAGCCUGCAUGGAGACGUGGGUGAGGGGGGUAGGGGUAAGGAAAAAAACAAAACAAAAAAACCAAAGGUUUCGAUGAACGAAGUGCCAGGUCGAGCAAAGUUGAGCUUAUUUUCUAGAUUGUUUUAUUCCUUCUUUCCCCACCUCGGCUGUGACCGGGCCCGGGAAGUGGACUGGAGCCGGCCCUCAGAGGCCAACUUUUUUUGCACAUGUGAAGUAGCUGGAGGACUAGACAACUGAGACACAAACCUAUCUGAAACACAAGUGGGCUGAGUGCAAACAGGUGUGUGUGUGUGUGUAUGCAUAAGCUUGUGUGUGUAAUUCUGGUUUUCAUUUUUAUUUUUUGCACAGCUAGAGGGGAAAAAAUAUGAACAAGCAGAAAUGAAACUGU